AUGGCGGACUACGGGCUUUUCGGACUUUUCAUAUCAAACGUAAAUGUUACUACGUUGUUUGGUCUGUUAUGGCCUACUUUUUUAUUAGCUAUAUGUAUCAAAGUUCUGGUUAGCGUAGUCCGACUAUUCCAAAAGCGCUGGCAAUUGGAGAAAGAACUGGCCUGUUUCCCGUCUUUGGAUGUUCCUAGGCACUGGCUUUUGGGUAACCUGUCAACUAUUAAGAAUAACGAAGAUACAUAUGCUGUGUUUCCUAGUUUAGUGAAAGACAUCGGACCAGUAUUCAUAUUGUGGUGUGGGCCAUUUCUUCCUCGUUUAAUUUGCAGACACCCUUCGUCGAUCAAGACAUUAACUGCCACAACAGAACCAAAGGAAGAGCUCGUCUACGGGUUUCUCCGGCCAUGGUUAGGUGAUGGUUUGUUAGUUAGUUCUGGUCCUAAAUGGUUUAGAAAUCGACGCUUACUGACACCAGGGUUUCAUUUUGAUAUUCUAAAACCCUAUGUCAAAAUAUUCAACGAGUGUGUUCAUACUAUGGCGAAUAAAUGGGAAUCGGUUUGCAGGUCGGCACCCGAUGGCGUGGUCUUAGAGAUGUUCGAGGACGUUAGCUUGAUGACACUUGAUACUUUACUAAAGUGCAUAUUCGGACAGGACAGCCACUGUCAAACUCAAAGAGAAAGAAACCCAUACAUCAAAUCGGUGUAUACGUUAUCGGCAUUGGUGAUAGAACGAGCUAGAUUCCCUCCGUAUUUCAACGACUUUAUAUACUAUAUCUCGCCGAGCGGAUUCAGAUUCCGUCGAGCAGCAAAAAUCCUACAUAACUAUUCCUCAAAGGUUAUCCAAGAUAGGAAGAUGGCUAUGAAAAUGGAGGAAAAAUCUGGGAUUAAGCGAACAAAGAAUUAUAUUGAUUUUCUGGAUAUAUUGCUCAAUGCCAGGGAUGAAAACGGUCAAGGUUUGGAAGAUAAAGAGAUCAGAGAUGAAGUAGAUACAUUCAUGUUUGAAGGACACGACACGACCGCUUCCGGAAUAUCAUGGAUAUUUUACAAUUUGGCAAGUCAUCCCGAACACCAGGAGAAAUGUCGCCGAGAAAUAGAUGAUAUAUUGGACAAGAAGGACACUGACGAGAUAGAAUGGGACGAUCUUCGCCGCAUUCCAUACACAACAAUGUGCAUCAAAGAAAGUUUACGUAUACGACCACCAGUGCCAGGGUUUUCUCGGCAACUCACUUCACCUUUGAACUUUGAUGGCAGAAUUGCUCCUGCAGGUUCGUUUGUGUCAGGGAGUGCCUUCCUUGUGCAUCAUAAUGCAGAUGUAUGGCCAAAUCCUACAAAGUAUGAUCCGCUACGAUUCCUACCAGAGAACACACGAGACAGAUCACCACAUGCCUUUAUUCCAUUUUCAGCAGGACCGAGGAACUGUAUUGGGCAAAAUUUUGCCAUGAAUGAAAUGAAAGUGGCGACAUGUAUAGUUCUUCGACAUUUUCAAUUAACCGUCGAUAAACAACGACCACCACGCCGGGUUAAUAACCUGGUAUCAAGAUCCGAAUCUGGCAUUCAUCUCAACAUCAAGAAACGAAACUAAAAAAAAUAUUCAGUCUGUUACAAAGAAAGAAUGUUAGUUACAAUCGUAUCAACACAUUUCAAACGACGCCUUUGUUUUACCAUAUACAACAUAGGCAUGUCCUAUCCAUGACGACUGAUGACACACAAGAACAGUAACAUCAAGAGGCAGUUUCAACACUGCAAUUUUUAAAAGGUUAUGAUAUUGUAUGU